GGCUUCCUCCCGCCCCGUUCAGAGGCUGAUGAAACUGAAAGUGCCGCAGUAGCGGCGGCUGCUUCAGGCCCGGGAGAUUAUUUCACCUUCAACAGCUGUGCGGAGAGGCGGGGAAUCGGCGGGCGGCGGACAAAGAGAGUGAGCUUUAAAACGGUGCGACAUGAACGGAGGAGCGGACUGCGCCCUCGUGGAGGAAGUGAUCGAUCUCACCAGAGGGCCGUCAGGAUUGGGAUUUAACAUCGUUGGUGGGACAGAUCAUCGGUACAUUGCCAACGACAGUGGCAUCUACGUCAGCCGGAUCAAAGAAGAUGGGGCUGCCGCCCUUGAUGGCAGAUUACAGGAGGGAGACAAAAUUUUAGCGAUUAACGGCAGGGACCUGAAGAACUUGCUGCACAAGGAUGCUGUGGAACUGUUCAGGAAUGCAGGCUACAACGUUUCUCUGAAAGUUCAACACAGGUUGCAGCCACAGAAUGGUCCAGCUGGUCACAGAGGAGAUGGAGAACCAGGUGGUAUUCCCCUAGCUGUCAUUUUGGUGCCAGUGUUGGCCACUGCAGUGGCUGCAGUUUGGGCCUUCGUGAGAUAUCGACAGCGGAUGUGAAACAUUCCCCUCUGAAGGUCUCUGUGCAUAUAUAUAUAUAACACAGCUACAUUAUAAUUUAAAGAGAAUCAACAGUUUUAUCGUGGACUAAUGCCAGAAAGGAUUGUUGCCUCUUAUAAAGCUGCUGCUGAUGUUCACUAUGUUCUGAUUUUUCUUGUGGGGUCGAUGGAGGAAGGAAGUAAAUGGGGAGGUGAGAUUAUCGUGUGUAAAUGAAUGUGCCAUUUUCACUGAUCCCAUGGAAUUUUUGCCAUCUCCUUUCUUGUACCUUUCAAAUACUUACUCUGUAUUUUAAGAUGUGACUUUGGGUGUGUUUUAAGAACAAAACUUUUAUUUUCUCAUCUCAUUCCUCUUUGAAUCAAGAAUGAAGAGGAGUGAGGGAUAGCUUAUUUCUGUUUUUUCUUUUGGGUAGGGUCAGGAGCAGGGUGGUUAAAUAAAUGCCUUUGAGAAAUGUAUACCAUCUAAUCUGGUUUCACAGUUAAAGUUCCCAGAGGAGCUGCUGAUGUAAAACAAAUUAUGCAAUAUCAGUGAGUUGUUGUAUUGGCCCUGGAAAGGCAGACAGCCGCAUUGCAGAGGAGGAGAGAGGAGUAAGGAUAGAAGGCUCAGGAAUGAAGAACCAAAGAAUUGUAACAGGAGGCUUUCUCUCCAGUAUCCUAGCACUUUGUUGAGACACCCAAUAGCAUCAGAAAUGGCCCAACGGGAAGAGAGAGAGAGAGAGACAGAGGCCUCUAAAGUAGAGGUGAACCAACAGCAUGUUUAGUCUAUGGAGCGACCAGGAGCCCAUUUGUCAGGUUACAGAAUUUUUGGAGGCAGGGGGUGGAAAUAGAACACUCAUUUUACCCAGACUUAUUGCAGCAGCUGACCUGCUAUCUGCAGUGUCGUACAGCUUGGAAGAUCUUGGCAUGACUUCUUCCGUGGUAUGGCUUUGGUCCAUCUAGGCUAUUGCUUGCUUGCCGAGGCUCUGACAUGGCUGCUGGGGAGUUGCACCAAUGGGCAAAGCAGGGGAUGGAGGAGGAAGAUGCACAGUCUGGGCAGGCAAUCUGUAGCCACACUAGAUUCUUCUUUUGGGGGGCAGAAGGCAGACAGAGAAGGCUUGGUAAGAAAGGUGAAUUGGCAAAAAGUCAUGCCUUGCCACAAAGGAGAAAAAUAUCCCAAUAGGCUUUGUUGAACAGGCUGCUAGUUCUAUAGUAAUGCUGCAGGAAAUGAACAAUACCAUGCUACUAUGAGAGAGUAAAGCUGGCCGGUUUCUAGACUGAAGGAAGCCAGAGUCUCUCUAUCUGGGUAGCAGGGAGGAGAAGACACACAGGAUGUCAGUGCUUCAAGGCACUUCAAUCUUUUGUUUUUAAAUAGGCUGUAGAACAAGCCACUUCUAGGUACUUGAUGUAGCCUCUGAACUGUGCUUAUUAGGCCACAGUGCCUGGAAGAACUGUAUGUGCUAGUGUGUUUAGUGAAUAAGACUGUGCAGCAGGAGACCAUCUUUGCAAAAGCUGUGAUUAAAUUUUAUCCGCAGGGUUGUAACUCCUCGCUCUGUCUGGUUUUAAACACAUCAGUUGACCUCAGUGGAAUAAGACCUGUUUUUCUUGUCUCACAGAAAGAAUGUGUUCUUUUGCAAAAAGAAAAGUGACAUGUAUCUGUAUAAAUGCCAAAAAUCACGUAUGCAAUAUAUGUAUACAAACAAGAGAAACUGAA